AUGAAUCCAUCGAGCCAAUUACAAAGCCAAUUGCUCGUAAGCCAGCCAGCUCCAGCUAGCGCUCGACCAACUGAUCGCUGCCGCAGAGCCGAUUACUCUAAUCGUCCGGCUUUAUCUCCACCUAAUUAUAUCCAGUCUGUCUGCUCUUGCGCUACCAUAUCUAAUGCGCCCAUACUGUCCGGCAAUACCAACACCUACCUCCCUGUCGUACAAGACCUGGAGCUGCCGUUCGUUGCAAGCAGAGUCCGGUUCAUCCCCUAUAGCGAGCACCCGAGGACUGUAUGCAUGAGGGUGGAGAUCUAUGGCUGCCCCUGGGAGGAGAGCAUGAUCAGUUACACCACGUCCAGGGGUGACUCAGGCUUAGAAGACGACUCCUAUGAUGGGAUCCUAGACGGAGGCCUCAUGAAGGGAGGUCUUGGCCAGUUAGUUGAUGGUCUUUACGGACCCAACGAUUUCAUCCUCGAGACGAGGGACAACCCGGAUUCAAGAGACGGCCAAGGAAUGAGGAGUAAGUAUUGCACGUCCCAUUGCAUAUUAA